AUGUCUGCCCCACCAGUAGACUACUACGCCUCCCUCGAGAUCGACUCCAAAGCCACUCAACAACAAGUCCGGGACGCCUACAAAAAAGCCGCUCUCCGCCACCACCCGGACCGCGUCCCCGCCGACUCACCUGAGCGCGCAAGCCGAACUAAGAAAUUCCAGCAGAUAAAUGAUGCUUACUAUACCCUUUCCGACCCAGGAAGACGUAGAGAUUACGAUGCCUCGAGGAACAUGUUCCAUGGUUUCGGUGGAGGAGCGGGAGCGGGCGCAGGAGCAGGAGCUGGUGCAGGAAGACAGGACGCAGAUGAGGAGAUACCACGACCCGAUGCUGGCAGUGGUGGUGCAUUUGGAGGGAUGCCAGGAGGAUUCCCCUGGUCCUUUUUCGGCGGACAGGCGAAGAAUGACGAGGACGCGAAUCGGUACUCCAACGAACAAUUCGGUGGUGUUUUCGAGGAGAUGAUGCACGACGAAGGUAUGACUGAAAAUGGGAACCAACCUAACAACAAAUUCUGGUCCUUGGUAGGAGGCGCUUCAGGAGGGGCAAUGGGUUUCAUAGUAGCCAAUCUACCCGGUGCGCUGGCCGGAGCUGUGGCGGGAAAUAGACUCGGUGCGAUCAGGGAUAAGAGAGGAAAAAGUGUGUACUCUGUCUAUCAGGAGUUGGAGCAGCCGGAGAGGAUGAGGUUGCUGAGCGAGCUUGCUAGCAAGGUUUUCGCGCAUGCUAUCAGUUGA